AUGUCUGAGUUUGGAUUGCUUGCAGCCAACGCUCAGUUUCAGAAGAGACGUGGAAAACUUUGGACGUUCAAGAGCCCAACAGACGCCUUGUAUCAACUUGAUUACAUCCUGAUUCGCAGAAAAUGGAGGAACAGCCUGCUGAACGCUGAAGCCUACAACUCUUUCUGCUCAGUGGGUUCAGAUCACCGAGUUGUCUGCGCCAAGAUAAGACUCAGCCUAAGAACAGCUAAGCAACCCAAGAAAACCCGAUAUGACUGGAAACGUUUUGCAGUGUCACCUGACAUCCAGCACGACUACACAGUAGAGGUCAUGAAUCGGUUUCAAGUCUUGGAGGAAGAUGACAACGGAGCAAGAUAUGAGAAGUUUGUGGAGGCCAACAGACAGGCAAUGGAGGAUUGUGUACCUCUUAAACCCAAGCGGAAAUCUGUGCACACCUCAACCAACCCACAAGUCGUAGCUGCGAGAGAGAGAGUGGAUGAUGCCCACACCAAGUGGGACACAGAUAGCACUGACGACAACCGGGCCGCCUGGCGGCGUGCACUCAUUGAGCUGUACACGGUCUAUGACCAGGUCAAAGAACAGGAGCUUGAAGAGCAGACUCGCACCAUUGAAGAAGCUUUUGGAGCCCAGCAGUACGGCGAGGCAUGGAAGGUCGUAAAUGAGAUCUCUGGAAGGAAGAGGGCGAAGGAGGGUCAAGUCUCUGGUAACAGCCCAGAGGAACGUGUGACAACAUGGGUUACACAUUUCAAGAGGCUGCUAGGAGAAACCUCCACUGUUGAGGAUCCAGAUGAGGAGAUUCCUAACAUCUUUGAAGACCUGGGGCCUCAUGUAUCAAUACUUGCGUGGAACUCAUACCAGAAACGAGCGCACGCAAGGUCCGUAAUGCUGAAAAAAAUCCGUAUGUAUCAAUGUGUGCGGGCGCCGAAAUCCACGUGUGUUUCGUUGAUAAAUCCCAAUCAGCGUGGAAUUGAGCGCAGAUGUCAGAGUGACUGGGCCCGUCCCCGUUACGCCCUCCUAUAAAUAUGCAGAUUUAUUUAAAUAGGGUCUCCCUGUCCUCGCACGCAGACAAAAUGACAAGAAAACCUAAAUUUACGGCGUGCGAGGUGGAGGUGCUGGUGGCGGAGGUGGAGGAGCGACAGCGUAUUUUGUUUGGCAGCCUGUCCAGUGGCGUCAGUGCAAAACAAAAACGCUUGGAGUGGGAGAAAGUUUGCGAGAGGGUGAAUGCGGUGGGUUCCGACACGCACCCCCGCGGAGAUUAAAAAAAGUGGUCGGACCUCAAGGUGGAGGUCAAGCGGUGUACAGCUGCCCUCCGGAGGAGUACUGGCCAGACAGGUGGGGUUCCGGGGGAGGAGACCCUCACGCCGUUUGAGCAGCGGGUGGUGGUGAUUAUUAUUAUAGGGUAAGUGGCGUGUCACACAAAUGUCCACAUGCUUUGUCAUCCCACUGAGCAAAAGACGUAUAUUAGACGUCUAGUCUAAGUUUAUACUUCAUUACAACGUCGGGAUUCAGUCUAUUUUUAGACGUGAUUUAUACUUCGCCCUUAACUUCAUUUUUCGAUAACUUUUUAUGCAAUAAACAACUGUAAUGUGCAUAACUGACCUCGAAAUACUGGAUUACAUUACCUAUGAUACUAUGUGGAGAGAGAUGUAAACGCAACAGAUACACAGAAGCAGGAAUUGAAAUGAACAAAUAUUUUUAUUGUGUCACAGAAAUCAAUAUGUCGGCCGUGUCGCCGGCUUGCGGAACCCCGGCCCGCGGCAGCCCGUCCGCCGGCUCGGAGUCGUCGGCCAGGACCAGCGGCAUUCGGGCCACCCCGGCCCCCGGCCCCCGGCCCCAGCACCAGCACCAGCACCAGCACCAGCACCAGCGCGCCGACAAGCGGUGGAGCGUCCACCAGCCGCGGCGCUUCCACUGGACCACCCGGACGCAGUGGAAGGGUCCUCGCGAAGGGGGUCCUGCAAUCGCAGGAAGAAAUCAUCAGGGGGAUCGCGGGGAUCAACGAGCGGCUGGACCGGCUCGUUGAUCCCCGCGAGCGUCUGGUGGAGAAAAUAAAUUAAUUUGGCUCAUUGAACUGUGUAUUCACUUCUUACCCAUUCACACUGGCGAUGAGAUUCUCCCGCGCGAGGACGGCGGCCCGGCAGGGAUCAGCUCGUAUCCCUCCGUCUGCUGCUGGUUCGUCAUGUGGGGCAACGUGCUGCUCGGCCACGGGGAUGUGGUGCACGCUUGUCACAUAGUGAGUCACCAAACACCGCCACACAGCGUCGCCAAAGUGCGAAUCACAGUCAACGCAAGUAUCAGCUCAACGCCAAUUUCUACACCACCUCCUGACUUUGCGUUGAUUAGCGCUGGAACCGACGCUCGUUUCGCGAUGAUAAAUCUGGACGUGUGCGCCGAUUUUGGCGUACGCAAGGUUUUCUUGCGCCGCAAGCGUUGAUACAUGAGGCCCCAGGACAUCAACGACGAGCCCUUCACCCUAGAUGAGUUCAGGAAGGUCAAAGCUUCACUCAAGCUGGGAAAAGCAGCUGGACCGGACAACAUCCCCCCAGAAGUCUUCAAAUGCUGUGACUUCGAUGAGAUCUGCCUCCAGUUUUGCAACGACGCGCUUAUGAAGAAUGACAAGCCUGACCUCUGGACGUUCAUGAACAUUAUCCCUGUGCCCAAGACUGGUGAUCUGUCUAAUACCAACAACUAUCGAGGUAUCAGUCUAAUAUGUAUAGUCGCCAAGGUUUACAACAGGAUGAUCCUCAAUCGUAUUCGCAGCGUCAUUGACAUGAAGCUCAGAAUUAACCAAAAUGGCUUCCGUCCUGGGCGAUCCACUGUGGCUCAGAUUCUCACACUGAGGAGAAUCAUUGAAGGAGUGAAGGCGAACAAUCUGCCAGCCAUCAUCACCUUCAUAGAUUUCAAGAAAGCCUUCCACUCAAUACACCGAGCGAAGAUGAUGAGGAUCUUGAAGGCAUACGGUAUUCCACCCAACCUGCUCAGAGCAAUUGAAGCUAUGUACUAUAACACCAAGGCGAGAAUCAUGACACCUGAUGGAGAGACGGAGCAGUUUGACAUUACUGCUGGAGUUCUGCAGGGAGAUACGCUCGCCCCAUUCCUCUUCAUCAUUGUGUUGGACUACGCCCUGAGGAAAGCGCUGGCAGAUGGCAAGGAAGAAGAAUUGGGCUUUACCAUCACCCCCCGCAGAUCUAGGAGGCACCCGAAGGAAGUCUUAGCUGACCUGGACUUCGCAGACGACAUUGCCCUGCUAUCUGACACCGUGGAACAAGCCCAGGAACUCCUCCUUAGAGUAGAGACUGAAUGCAACAAAGUAGGUCUCGGACUCAAUGGCCCAAAAACCAAAUACCUGGCCUACAACAUCGAUGACCAUCCUCCUCUUGCCCGGCACUCUCCUCUGGUCACUCGUAACGGCACUGUUCUGGAGGAGAAGAACGAUUUUAGGUACCUUGGAUCCUGGGUAGAUGAAUCACCGAAGGACAUCAAAGUCAGAAAGGGGUUGGCCUGGAAAGCCCUCAAUGAUAUGGACAGGAUAUGGAAGUCCAACAUGAAUCCAGGUCUGAAGAAGCGUUUCUUCGUCGCCACGGUCGAGUCAAUCCUCAUAUACGGGUGCGAGUGUUGGGCAUUGAAUAAUGCAAUGGAGAAGUCCCUCAAUGGUACCUACACACGCAUGCUACGCAGGGUCCUAAAUGUACACUGGAGCUCUCACACAACCAACGAAGUGCUUUACGGCGAACUGCCCGCAGUCGCUGACAAGAUAGCAGCCAAGAGACUCCAACUUGCAGGACACUGUCACCGCCACCCUGAGCUGAGCACCCAGAAAGUCUUGCUAUGGGAACCAAAACACGGCCACAGAAAUAGAGGGAGGCCACGAACAUCGUAUGUGGAUACCCUAAAGAAGGAUACUGGAGCGAAGAGUGCCAGCGAGCUAGCUUCACUGAUGAAGGAUUGUGACGUUUGGCGCAACCAUGUUCAAUCUCGCCGCGUUGCGACCUAGGUCAUUUGUUUUUAAAUCUCUGAAUGGACUGGCCCCGGAGUACCUGGCUGACCUUGUUAAGCUACACCAACCCUCCAGAGCCCUUAGGUCUGCUAACUGAGUUGUCUUAGACUUGCCUCGAUCUUUUUUAAAAUCCAGAGGGGAGCAAGCGUUUGCGGUUACAGCUCCCACUUUGUGGAAUGUACUACCCCUCAGUGUGGUUACUGCAAAUAGUCUCUCUUCUUUCAAAACCCAACCACAGACGGACUUGUUCACUUUAGCUUUUGGCAGAGUAUGAUACUUGUAUUGGUUCUAUAUUCAUUUUGGUUUACAUUUAUAUGUUACAUGUCUUUUGUAAACUUGACAUUGUAUGGCAUUUAUAUAUUAUUUGGUGUGAAGUGACCCUAAGCUGGAGUUCACUGCAGUUUGUCGAACAUGAUCCGACAUCUUCUUAUAUCUAAUCAUCUGCUGCUUUUUGUUCAGCUUGCUCAGUUUAUGUAUCACUGUGUUAUCCGACAGCUGCAGUAGUAGGUCGCUGAAUGAGACACUUUGACACUCUGGAUCUGCAGCUCACAGCCAGUCUUUGUCUUUACUGCAGUGAAAUCCUCUUUCUGAGGAUGGUUAUAAGUUUGUUUCUUUAUGGCACCAUUUGUCUUAUCGAUCCUCAGAACUAUUUUGAAACUUUCUGUGCCUUUUUUCUGGUACCAGUACACAUAUUGAUCAUAACACUGGUCAAUGUUUCCACAGCUGAUGGAGACUCUUUCUCCAACUUUUCUGGUCAACGGUAAAGUGUCCUGUUGGAGCUCUGCUGCCAUGACAACCAGCACUGUAGACAAGCAGAAAGGUGGAGGUGAGUUUGACAGUGAUGCUUGAUCAAAAAUUUAUCUUUGACUUAUUUUGAAGACAGCCAUCUCAUCACCAGCUAAGAAGUCUCUGAACUCUAUUUCACAGAGACAGGCUGCAUCUGGGAAAGGUGGAGUUUGCAGGCUCCUGAUUGGCUGGAAACACUCACCUGA